AUGUUGACCAUGCUCAAACAACAAUCAUCGAGAGGCUUCAUCGCCCCGAGGGCCCGCCCCAAGACGUUGCUCUUCCUCGCUCUGGCCAUUGUCACCGUCUACUUCCUGGCCACAAGGGGCGCUCCUGCCGGCUAUCACGUCGUCCCCUGGAACCAAGACGGCAGCACCUCUGCGCCUCCCCAAAAGGCCGAACCUCCUGAGCCGCCAAAGUCGGAAGAGGAGAGGAAGCAGGAUGAGGAGAGGCAAAAGCAAGAGAGAGAAAAGCACGAGCAGGAUCUGCGAGAUGAGUUCGCGCGGGAGUAUGAAGCUGCCAAGAAGCUUCCCGGCAACGAUGCGAUCUACGGGAACACACUCAACUCCCUGAAGGAUAAGGAGAACAGGACCGCCCAGCACGCCGCCAACCUCCGCGAGUCUGGCACGCAGGAGGAGGCCUACACGAACCAACGACCUGUCUACUUCAACCCCUACCCCGACUACAAUGGCGAAGAAUGGAACAAGACGCAUCGCGCGCCCCAUGUGCCCUGCAUUGGCGCAACUGGCGAGUCCGUCGACGACCUCUUAGUCUUCAAGGGUCAUCCCGCAAAAUUCCCCAAUCCGGGCUUCGGUGGCUUCGACGUCCUGGACAUGGACGGCAACAUUUGCUACGAGCGUGAGACCAGACUCGGGCCCUACGGUCUUCUGCCUCAACUCAGCAAGGCCGGUCUCCGCAUUGACUGGGAUAACAUCAACUGGGGCGAUCUCCAGGAGAAGUGCAUUGAGAGAAAUGCUGCCCGCUUCGACGAGGGCAAGCCCAACGAGUACAUCAAGACUGCCUACCCCGACAUCGCUGAGAAGUACGGCAAGGAGGUCGAGGAGGAAGAGGAGGCAAACGAGAAGCGAGGCCUCACCAACAAGUUCAGGGGCGGGUCCAAGGGCGUCAAGGUGACGACUCCCGACACCCGUACUGCUGUCCUUCUUCGAACCUAUACCGGCAAGAAGUACACCGAGAAUGACAAGCAGGUUAUCCGCUCCCUCAUUUCUGAGCUCUCGCUCCGAUCCGGUGGCGAGUACCAGGUAUUUCUGCUGCUGCACGUUCGCGACCAGGCUCUCGACAUCUGGAACGACGAGGCCACGUACCAGUACGUGCUCAACGAGCAUGUGCCUCUCGAGUUCCACGGCAUCACUAAGCUGUGGAAUGACCAAGCUAUGUGGAACCUGUACACGGCACUUACCGACGAGAACGAAAAGAGCGUGCAUUCUGCCCAAUGGUUAUCGGUGCAGAAGUUCAGUCAGGACCACCCCGAGUUCGACUUCAUUUGGAAUUGGGAAAUGGACGCCAGAAUCAUUGGUCACAACUACGACUUCCUGAAGCGCCUCUCCGACUUCUCCAAGAAGCAGCCCCGCAGAGGUUUGUGGGAGCGUAACGAGCGUUACUACAUUCCCGAUUUCCACGGAGACUACGAUACCGACUUCCGCAAGGACGUUGAGCAGCGCACCCGCGGCAACCAGGUCUGGGGCCCGCCCAAGCUGCCUUUUAUCAAUCCCGUCGGCCCCAAGCCUCCUGUCGAAAACCCUGAGAAGGAACCGUACAAGUGGGGUGUUGGCGAGGAUGCCGACAUGAUCACUGUCGGCCCUAUCUUCAACCCGAUCAACAGCAGCUGGAUCAUCUCGGACCACAUUUGGGGCUACAGAGACGAAAAGUUCCCCGACCCUGCGAAGACCCUCCCCCGCCGAACCACCAUUGUCACCCAAUCUCGUGUUUCCAAGCGUCUCUUGGACAUCAUGCACGUCGAGAAUCUUCGCGGCAAUCACAUUGCGUCGGAGAUGACCCCUCAAACUGUGGCCCUUCUUCACGGCUUCAAGACUGUGUUUGCGCCCCACCCUACCUGGUUCGACCGCCCCUGGAAUGGUACUUUCCUCGAGAAGUGGUUCAAUCCUGGACCUCGCGGCGAGAGCGGUGGCGAGGGCAGCCCUAUGGGCUGGGGUAGAGAGCGUAGAUACCAGGGCAUGACUUGGUACUACCGCGCCGAGCCCCCACCAAGACUGUACAACAACUGGAUCGGAUAUGUCGACACUAAGAUUGGAGGCAAGAACUGGGAGAGAGCGCACGGUCGUCCGUGUCUGCCACCCAUGAUCCUCCACCCCAUCAAGGAGGUCAAGCCGACAGAACCCGGCUUCGCAACCCAGUUCGAGCUCUUCUACGGCUGA